GUCAAAGAUGGCUACUUCCUUAAAGCAUGAGACUUUCCAUAAGAACCUCGAGUGUCCUAUCUGCCUGAGCUUCUUCAAGGAACCCAAGAUCCUGACCUGCUCCCAUACCUUCUGCAAGGGUUGUCUUGAGUCUCUCCUGGAGUCUCAUCAAAAUCUGUUGUGUCCUACGUGCAGGGAGGAGACUUCGGUUCCUGGUGGAGUCGUGGGUAGAUUGCAAUCAAACAUAACAGUCAGAUCACUUGUUGAAGAUGUGGAGACCCAGGGCCAGGUCUGUACCAACAGUAAUCGAGAAAACAAAUCAUUGGAAAGAAAAUGGAACAAAUGUCGAAAACAUCCGAACUACGAUGAAGAAUGUUUUUGUGUCAACUGUAACAAGUUCGUCUGCUGCAAGUGUGGCUUAUUAGAGCAUGCAAAGGAUGCUCACACUAUCCUGGAAGCAGGCGAACAUGAAACCGAGCAAAAGAAUCACGUCAAGAAACUUGUAUCUAAAGCGGAUGUAAAGAUACGCAACGUUGACAAGUAUUUUACUUUCGUUGAAGACCAGCGUGAAAGAGUGCAUAACAUACAGGAACGACUCAAUGAUGAAAUAGAUGCGACUUUUGAGGAAUCAGUUGAGAAAUUGAAGGAAAGAAAGACGGUGUUGAAAAAAGAAGUUGGGUACAAGCUAGGAAAAAUUAAGACUUCAUUGGGAGACGUUGAGAAGUCGAUUCGUAAGCAGAUAGACGAGAUUAAGAAGGUUCUGGACUUGGUUAAGGAUGGACUUAAUUUCCCCCUCCAGACAGAGGCUCUGACCGCACAUAAGGCGAUGUGUCAACAGCUGGAAGUGCUUCUAAACCAAAUUAGGCCAGAUGAGGAGCUGCCCAGAAGAACCGCUGAGGAAGGUGAAAGAAUUGGCUUCAGGAGUCAGGGAUCAGAUGAACUCCAGUUGGGCCAGCUAACACAUACCAGGGAGGUCCCUGCACAUACGAAGUCUGAAUUGGUUCUGCGCACGGAAGCUCCACUGCCUGCUGGAAAAAUCAUGCGCGGGAUGGUGAUAUCACCAAACAAUGAGAUGGCAGUACAAGUGAUCAACGAUGUGUCUGGUGCUAUCAUUCAUAGCAUCCGUAAAGAUGAUGUUGAUUAUCCUUACCCUGCUGUGUGUCAGGAUGAUUCAAUUAUCAUUGCAUGGACAAAGCACGAUCAGGGUCUGCUGAGCAUCGACCAGUACACAAAGGAGCUCAAGUACAUCAAAAACAUUCUCACUGAUUUCAAGAUAAUCGUAACAUUUAAUUGCUAUUUGCAAGCAUUCAAGACGGGAGAGAUUGCUUUCUGCACUGAUGAAAGGCUUUACAUCUUCCAUGAGACAUGGGAGUAA